CGCAUGUAGAAGAGAUAAGCUUCGUUUCGACCUGCUCACAAGGCGAUGAUCUGGAAUGUUUAAUGAUUAACAGUUUCUGUUCUUUAUGAGGAAUAAAACUUAUGUGUCCUUUGGUUUGAUUGCUCCAGCUGUCUACAGUUCUCCUGCAGGUCUUCAAAAUCACUAGAAAAGAGUCAUGUUCUUAUCUUUGAAAAGAGGUUGUGUUGGAGUCAGUGGUGACAGACAGUUUUUAUCAUCGUCACCUGGUAAAACUGUUAUCAUGCCAAGGACUUGGAGCGGAAAACAUGUGGAUUUAAUCCUUCUACUGCUCAUCCAGUUUGCAUUUAACAGAGUUCUAAGCCUCACAUGUCUUAAGGCUGAGUACCAGAUAGGACAAGAGUGUUGUCCCAAGUGUCCUGCUGGGAAUCGAGUGAAUAAACACUGCACAGAGUUUAGAAGUACAUCGUGUCUUCCUUGUGAUGAUGGAACCUUCAUGGAUCAGCUAACCGGACAGAUAACAUGCUUUCCGUGUACAAGAUGUGAUCCAGGUUCUGGACUGAAGGUUAAAAGACCAUGUACAUCAGUAUUAGAUGCAGUUUGUGAACCCCAGGAGGGAUUCUACUGUACAGACAAUAAAGACGACAGCUGUGUACGAGCACAGAAACACAAAAAAUGUGACGGAGGACAAUACAUUCAAAACAAAGGUUUAGAGGUUUAUCUAGGCUGACAGGUCGAGCUGUAGGCUCAACACAGAGCUUUAACAAACAGAACAGAAGAAAAUGAGCAUCCGGCUGUUGUUUUCCAUCUAAAAUGACUGUGUUGUCUUUCAUAUAUCUUCACCUGCCCAGUAGGCGGAGCUAUAUAGAUAUACCUGGAAUUCCGUCCAUGUGUUCGUCCAAGAUUUUGUCCAACCAAUCUACAACCAAUCUAGUCACUUGAAGGCACAGGUGGAGUCCUUCCUCUUCAUCCGCAGCCCCUGACUCCCCCUCUCAGCAGCUCUGCAGAGGGUCUUGACUGUCUGCCGGUGGGCCUUCCUGUGCACUCUCAUCUCCCAGAGUAUCCUGGAUGUUGAGGUGGCUUUGAACCCUCUGCACCCUACUUCAACUGGUUGAACCGUCACCUUCCAUCCUCUCUGUUGUGCAUUUUUUACUUGUUCAUGAAUAGUUUUUUAGCUUACCAGCCGAUGGGCCAUAAGCUAUUGUCGUCAUGCGGCGUCCGGCGUCAUCUGGCAUCCAUUACAAAACUUUCAAUCAUCUUCUUCUCU